AUAUGCCAAGCAUCACUAUAUAUACUCACCAUCUCUAUCUCCAAGCAUAACUCAUCUACCACAGCUACAAAAAAUCACAGCAAAUCCAAUAAUAUCACCAAAAAAAAUUCUUCAAAUUUUGAAAACUCAGUACCUUUCUCUUUCAGAAGAUUAAUCAUUAAUUUUUUACUCUGCCAAUAAAGAAGAAGAAAAUGAUGUUACCAGAAGCAUGUGUAGCCAACAUCCUUGCCUUCACAUCUCCGGCGGAUGCAUUCUCUUCGUCGGAAGUCUCUUCGGUUUUCCGGUUAGCCGGAGACUCCGAUUUCGUAUGGGGAAAGUUUUUGCCUUCAGAUUACCAAAGCAUCAUUUCUCAAUCCACUGAUCAUCAUAGGAGUUUUUCUUCCAAAAAGGAGAUUUAUCGAUGUUUGUGUGACUCUCUUCUCAUCGAUAAUGCUCGAAAGCUCUUCAAGAUCAAUAAAUUUUCCGGGAAAAUUUCCUACAUUUUAUCAGCAAGAGAUAUUUCCAUAACACAUAGUGACCAUGCAUCUUACUGGUCUUGGAGCAAUGUCUCAGAUUCUAGAUUUUCGGAGUCAGCUGAACUUAUAACAACAGAUCGAUUAGAAAUCAAGGGUAAAAUUCAAACCGGAGUUUUGUCACCAAACACAAGAUACGGAGCAUAUCUCAUAAUGAAAGUCACUAAAGGUGCUUACGGACUAGACCUAGUUCCAGCGGAGACUUCGGUAAAAUCUAAGAAUGGUCAAAAUAUUAAGAACACAACUUAUUUAUGUUGCUUGGAUGAGAAGAAACAACAAAUGAAGCGGUUAUUUUACGGAAACCGAGAAGAACGAAUGGCGAUGACUGUGGAAACGGUAGGCGGAGACUGGAAAAGGAGAGAACCAAAAGGUAGAGACGACGGUUGGAUGGAGAUUGAGUUAGGAAAGUUUGAGACACGAGAAGGAGAAGAUGAUGAGGUCAAUAUGAUUCUUACGGAGGUGAAAGGAUAUCAACUUAAAGGUGGAAUUGUGAUUGAUGGUAUUGAAGUAAGGCCUAAUUGUUAAUUAUUUACAGUAUUGGAUAGAAAUUGAAAAUGAGAGGAAAUUGUGUGAAUGUGUGUGUUACUAAAAUUGAUUUUAUUUAUUCAUUUAUUAUUUUGUACACGUUGAAAAGAAUAGAAAUUUCAAUUUUCAAGUUUCAA